GGUGUGUGUAAAGCGCUGAUUGGUCGGUUUAUCCUACUGCUUAGACAGAGGCUGUCCUAAGAUUGUUGUUACGACGAUCAGCUGUUUGUUAUUGUGUACUGGCCCGUCUGACAUGGAGCGAUUCUCUUGACAGAAGAACACUUGCCUUUUAUCAAGAGGGGAAAAAACAAGCUACCUCAUUCGACGAAACCGAGUUCUAUGGGUUUAAUCCUGCUAAUAUUUAAUUUCGUUUAAAAUCUGUUGGAUAUUAAUUUGACUGAAGAAGAUUCAUAUCCAAAGGCAGGCCUUUGGUGCAGGUUGCUUUAAACAACUCCAAACUUACCACACAAAACCCCUUCCUGCCUCAACCACGUCCUCUGAGGAGAAGAAGGAACUGAGUGUGAAUAACCUGGACAACCAACCAAGCUAACAAACCAAUAAGUGGACCAGAGCUGAACCAGAACCCCCCUCUUGUCCAGCAGCGAGCCCCAUCCAGACCCCAGUCAUGCUCCAGCGUCUUACAAGCCUCUUCUUCAGGAGUGCCGAUGACCCACCUGCGGUUCUGGUGGCCAGAGCUCAUGAGGAAGAUGAGGAGGAAUGGCAGCUCAUCAACAUCACUGAAGCAGAGGUCCCCAGUGGGUCGAGCUCUCUGGCAGAUGUGGCAAUGAACCAGCCCAGCCUACCAGUGUGUCUUCCCCAGUCUAGCCAGUCCGCUGAGGAGAGUGCUGUUAGCCUCAUGAACAACACCAGCCUGGCAGAAGAGGAGGUGCCCGUUCCACUCAGUGCCACAGGACGUCGUCUGGUCCGUGGGCUGGCCUCACAGGCUGGCGCUCUGGCUAAAGUCACACAGAUUAACCGCGUGCAGCAGGCCCAGGCGCGGGCGCGCCGCUGCUACUUUGGCCGCAACUGCAUCCAACGGCAGAACAGCACCCGGCAGCGGCUGCCCCGCCAAGCUUCACGGCAACACCCAAAGAUGCUGAACCAGCCAGGCCACCGCAACUUCUGCCACUGAGAAGCACCACACACACAUACAAAAACACAGCUUUUCCAGGAAGGAAGCUGUAAGAAGGUGCAUAUACACUCUAGAAGUCCUCACACACCAUUAGUCAGUAAGAUUUGCAGGUAGACACACGCACACACACAUCUUAACAGACAGUUUCACAAUGUUGGAAAUAAAACCCAGCUUCAAACAUUUCGGCAUUUUGCACAGUUCACAGUUGUUCUUUCUUGUUAGUCUGUUUCACUCCAAAACAUGCACUUGCUUGUUUAUAAAACAUGUAUUUGCUUGACUUGCUUGAUGUGAAAGAACAAGAAUUGUUUGAAACAUUAACCCUCAGUACUGUCAUAAAAUGAGAACUGGGACUAAAAGACAAGAAGCAAUUCUAAUCACAAAUCUGUCAAUAAAUCAUGUUAUACAGGG